AUGAGCAGCCGAAAGCUCAGUGCGGAUGAGCUCAAGCUCCAUCAAGCUGCUCUCGCAGCACACGACAAGAUACUCGCAGUGAAAGAUGCUGAAAAGGUCGUACCAGAUGCAGCUGCUCGCACGGCCGCCGUCAACUUUCUGCUCGGGACGGGGAUGUUCAAGGUUACUGCCAGUGCUGGAGCAGUAACCGCGUUCCGAGCCGUGGCCAAGAACGAGAUGGAGAUAAAGAAGGACAUGGCGCCCGAAGAAGCUAUGGUCCUCAGCCACGUCCAAGCGUCCGGAAAUGAAGGAAUAUGGACGAAACACCUAAAAGCCAAGACCGAACUGCACCAGACCAUCAUCGAUCGCUGUCUGAAAUCCCUAGUCCAAAAACAACUCGUCAAAUCCAUCAAAGCCGUCCGACACCCAACGCGCAAGAUAUACAUGCUCGCUCACCUGGAGCCGUCGGUAGAACUCACGGGUGGUCCCUGGUACACCGACAAUGAACUAGACGCAGAGUUUAUCAAGCUUUUAUCUUCUGCAUGUCUCCAUUACAUCCGCGACCGCUCAUUCCCGAAGCAGAACAGCAAACGGGUUUCACGGAAUCAAAUACGUUUAUACGCGAUAGGCGCAGCUCCAUCUUACCCAUCCGCACAACAAAUACAACUCUUCCUGAGUAAGAGUAAAAUUACGGAGACGGAGUUGGGAGUCGAGCAUGUAGAGAUGCUCUUGAGGGUAUUGGAGCUCGAUGGCGAGAUUGAAAAGAUUCCUGCGUUCAGCGCUGGCGCCUGGAAUCCUCCGUCUGAUUCUGAAGGAAGUGGUUCCGGCUCGGAAUCUGAAUCAAGCGAAGACGACCGCUCUCGCUCGAAGAAGCGCAAACGUGGUUCCAGUAAGAACAAAGAGUCGAACAAACUCAAACGGCGGAGGACGAAAGAAGACUCCGAAAGCGAUUCGGACAGCGAGUCUGAGGAUCGGUCAAGGGCGAAGAAACGGAAGAAACGGUCAAAGAGAGACGAGGACAGCGACGAAGAAAGUUCUGCGAAAUCGUCGAAGAAGAGGAAGCGCAAGAGUAAACACAGUGAUUCAUCUUCAGAGGAGGAAGAGGAGGAAGACAGAAAAAAGAAACAUAAACGCAAGUCGAAAAAACGCCAGGAUACGUCUUCCGCCGAAGAAUCUGAAUCCAGCGAGGUUUCGGAUGGUGCCUUCGUAUACCGUGCGAUCAGACAAGAGCGCGUCGUGCUCGGCUGGUCGCAGGCCCCUUGCGGGCGAUGUCCUGUUUUUGAUUUUUGUCGGGAUAAGGGGCCGACGAAUCCACAGGGAUGCGUAUAUUACGAGGAGUGGUUUGCUUCGGGCGCGAAUUCGCAGAAGGACGCGGCGACAGCGGCCGUGAAGGUAGAAGUGUAG